AUGGGAUUUCUCUCGAAACUGAACCAGCUAUUUUCCACCCUCCAAGCCCUCAAAGCUGAAAUCACCGAAUCUAAAUCCUUAUUUGACGAUCUCAAAUCUCGAGUUUCCACCCCCAGUCUCCCAGUAUCAAACCCCACCCUCUCAUCCUGGCAAGAUGACCCAUUGCAAAUUCCAAUGCAGCCCCUCCCUACCACAGCCGAGAUAAUAAUCAUCGGAUCAGGGAUCUCAGGAGCAAGCAUCGCCUACACACUCCUCAAGAAAUGCCCAUCAUCAAAGAUCGUCAUGCUCGAAGCGCGCGAGAUUUGCAGUGGCGCCACAGGCCGCAACGGAGGUCAUAUCAAAUGCUCCGCGUAUAUGGAAUAUUCCACGCUGAAAGCUAGAUUCGGAAAUAGUGCCAAGCAACUCCUACGGUAUCAGAAACGACAUAUGCCACUCUUACUGGGACUGAUAGAAGAAUUGAAAAUCGAGGCAGAAGCGAGGGAGGUGGAAACUGUUGAUGUCUUCACCGAUGAAAAGGCAUGGGGGGAGGCGAAGCAAAUGGUAAAGGAAUUCAAGACAGAUUUGCCAGAAGAGGCAGAAGAUAUCAUUGUCUAUGAUGGCGUGGACGGAUGUCAGGAAUACCAUGUCAAUCCAGCACAUUGCUGCGGAAUCAUCACCUACAAAGCCGCGGCUCUAUCACCCCACAAGUUCAUUAUAUCACUGUACGCAAUGUUGCUCCAAAAUCCCAACUUCACGAUAUCACCUGGCACUGCGGUGACAGAGAUUACGUCCGCGGAUAAGUAUACGGUCUUUACGGGCAGAGGAAAAAUAUGUGCUUCGAGUAUCGUGCAUGCUACGGAUGGGUUCGCAGCAACACUCAUCCCAGGGUUGGAGGGUAAGAUCUUUCCUGUGCGUGGACAUGUGACAACGCAAUCUGGAUGUGGAUUUGAUGCCUCGAGAUCGUGGUGUAUUCAUCACAAGCGUGGAUUCGACUACAUCAGCCAGAGGCCUGGGGGCGAAUUGGUGGUGGGUGGAGGCAUGAUACAAUCACCCGGAUGGGGAGUUGAUGAGUUUGGGAUCUGGAGAGAUGAUGGUAUUUGCUAUUCAAUCCGAGCGUAUCUAGGAGGUCUUGUGGAGACGGUUUUCGAGACGCAGACGAAGACGGAACGGGCGUGGAGUGGGUGUAUGGGAUUCACGCCUGAUUUGUUACCUUUCGUUGGGAGGUUGGAGUCGAGUAUGACAGGCAGAAGGAGUGAUGGAGAGUGGAUUUCUGCAGGGUUUCAAGGGGAGGGCAUGGUUCUUGCGUGGCUGUCUGGGGUGGCAGUUGGUUUGAUGAUUGCUGGAGACCAAGAGUAUCAGGACGAGGCAGGGAUUCCUGGUGGAAGAGUUCAGGACUGGUUGCCCAGGGAAUUAAUAUGCUCGAAGGAACGGGUUGAUCGCUUGAGUGUCUCUGAUCUAGCUGCCCUUUUGUGA